AUGUUUGUACAGAGGCAUCAAUGGGUGGCUCCCAAGAAUAAUGUAGCUGACAAACAGAUAAUCAUCACAACAAAGCCCCAUAUUGCGAGAGCCAGCCCGGAGUAUUUUAGCACAAGGUCUUUGGUGGAGAGUGAAACGUUGCCGCUGCCAAUCAGCUUGUAUGCGAAAAAUCCCGGCAAUAUGAACGAGAUCGAUGUGGAACCUGUGGAACCAACUAUAGCCAACACAUGGGCAAGCGACUUGACCGUGAUAGCCACCAAAUACGAUAGAAUCACAAUGAUUGUGGUGAUGAUCAGGAGUUUUUUGUUGGUGAGCUCGACGAUUAGACUGCAAUGGGUAGCUCAAUGCGACCAAGAUGACGAUUGCGAUUCUGCCAAUGGUGGAAGAGACAGAGUUUGGAUACAUGGUGAUAAUGUUGCCGACAACGUUGUCUCCAAAAGUGAGAGACCGAUCCUUGAGCUCGUUGAUGAUUCCCAGCUGGUUUUGGUGGCAGGUGAAACCAAACACCAGAAUGGGGAACGACGACAGCAGCGAGAUGAUCGAAUCUGGUUGGAAGUAGUGGAUCGGUCCUCUCACGAUGUCUUCCUUGCCGCCGGUCCAGAUGUGAGCGAAAUGUACCACAACCAAGAUCACCAGGUACCCCACCGAGGAGAGAGCAACCAAAGACGCGGUUUUCAGCGAGUCAAGCUUGCGCUUGUACACGAGCGGCAGGAUGGCAACCACAAACAGGGUGAUCCACAUCGUUCUGCUGGACAGAAGCGGGUAAUGUUCCAGGUUUUCGUUGGAAACGAUGGAGCUCAUAAUUUGGGGCAUGAGGUCUCCAAUGACAAUUAA